GUUAAUAACCUGUUAUUAACCUGUUAUUAACCAUGUUAAUUAACAUAUGUUAGGAACUUUUGAAGUUUAGCGCUACCCUAAGAUUCAUCGCCAUGAAGUUUCUCGCACCUGAAGCAUCUUCAUUCGUCGAAACCUCUCUAAGUGGUCCCCAAUAUCAUUCUUCUCUUGGACUUGCCGCUCCCUGGGCUGACGAAGUCAGAAGGCAGAAAGGAUACGCGUGGUCUGCUCCGCUUCAUUUCGUAGACGCCGAAGACCAGCCGCCUACCGAGUGUUCUGUCAAUCAGAAGCGCGAUUGUGCCGGCAAUGGAUGGAUUCUGACUGCGAUUGCCAACUACACUUCCCGUGUGGUUGACACCAGCUUGUCUGAUUCUGACCGGCAGGAGGCUCUGAAAUUUAUUGACCACUUCAUAGGCGAUAUCGGACAACCUCUUCACGUAGAAGGAAUCGAGCGGGGCGGAAACGGUAUUCAUGUGCAAUGCGCAGGGAAAAAUAAUAAUUUACAUUCUGUGUGGGACGAUGGAAUUAUAAACAAGUUACUCGAUGAUAAAUACGACGGCUCUGUGAUUCAAUGGGUCAAUAGUUUGACUGAACGCAUUCAGGUCCGUGAAAUCCCUUCCACCUUGAGCACGGUCCCAAGAAUAAUCGAUUUCUAUACGGGUGAAUAUCAAACUUCUGCUAGCAACUGGAUUGUCUGCGAGCCUGGAUCAAACUUCCAUUGGGAGUCCGUCGACGCGCAGACUGUCCUCGAGCCGUCUUUGGACGACACUCUGAACUGCCCCCUCGUUUGGGCAAAGGAGUCCAAUGCUUAUGACUGUUCGUUUGUAUGGACCUACGACUCCUAUGAAGACCUCUGCUCUGAUGACAACGAUUAUUACUCUGGUGCUGUUCCUAUCAUCGAAUUGCAGAUUGCCAAACAGGGUUAUCCGUUGGCGGCUUGGUUGAACGUUCUUUUCGAUGGAAAGACGAAUUUGCCUUGAUGUGCAUCAAGGUGAUAUUUUCGUUGAAAAUUUGCUCAUGAUCAUGCUGUGUGUACAGUAUAGCCUAACUAAGUUACCCAAUCCCGUACCAGUUUUUCGUUUGCAUU